AUGCAACAACUUUCACUACAAACUUUUAUUGUCUGUGUGACUGUUACAAUUAAAUUGGCAUUUGGAAGAGUAAUCGCUAAAACAAGUCGUAAUAUAACAGCAAAAACAACGAUCGUUGAUAGUAAUAAAGAAGAGAAGAAAAAUUUACAAAUUGGGAUGACAAUCGAAUCAAUUAGCGAUUUUAAUCUCAAACAAUCGAAUUUUAAAGCAACUGUUUCAUUGUUAAUGGUAGUGGAAAAAUUAGGCAGACCACCUGGUUCAGUUAUUGUCAAAUAUGAUCAGUAUCUUUAUCCAUUCAGUGAUUUACAAUUUACUGGUAAUAAAGUACGACCAAAAGAUAUAUAUCGACUUAUCAUUUCUGCAUCUGAUGGAACAGCAUCUACUCGAUCAAAUUAUGAAAUGGAAAUUCAUUGUCCAUUCAAUUUGAAGCAUUAUCCAUUCGAUUCGCAUUAUUGUCCAAUUGAUAUCUAUACGGGUAAGCAUCCUAGCAGGCAAUUAUCACUUUCGUGGUAUUACUCCGAUGGAGCACGAUUAAAUGCAAGUAUAGGACCUGUAAGCAUGCAUACAUCGUUAGUUUCCAGUGAAAGUUGCAAUUUUGAAGGACUUUAUGCUGUCACUGAAUUAAAUAUAGCUUCGGCACGAUUCUCAUGUCUUCGUGUUCGAUUACAUUUUCGUCGGCCAUUCCAUACAUCAUUUUUUCGUUAUUUCUUGCCAACAAUUAUAUUGGUUGCACUUACCUGGAUUAUCUUUUAUAUUGAACGACAACGUUUGCAAUCACGGAUAACCAUUUUGGCUUUCUCAUCAUUACUUACAUUCUUUUGUGUAUUAAUUUUUUUUAUUUAA